CACGUUACCUCAAGAUAUUAUCUGCCGGAUGACGUGGCAUACCAACGACUGUACUGACACGUGUAAAAGCGAAGCCAUGUGGAACCUUUUUCCUUCCCCGCAUACAUCCUCUCUUCCCCUCAACCGAACACAGAGGGUUUCUUCUCCGCUGAAACUCCGAUCACGCUUCAUGGAACCGCAGGAUCUCCCUCGCCACCUUUCGCCGCCGCUCUUCUCCGAUCCGGAACCAUUGCCUGAGUACCUCACUCGCUCCACCUCUGACUCCUCUGCUGUCACCGUCGAGGACACGUCCAAGGACUUCUCGUCUCAUUCCGCGCCCGCUCCGCUUCUGGAUCAGUCAACUAGAUGGACGGAUCAGCAGCACAGUCUAUAUAUUCGUUCUUUAGAAGCCUCAUUUGUGAAUGAAUUGCAUCGUUCUAUGCGUUUACGUCGUUGGAGCAUAAAAAAUAGCACAGAUGAAGCAUGUCAGUAUAGAAUUUUACGAAAUUCACAUAAUAUGCCUAAGCAGACCCUGGCUUUACAAGAUGCCUGCCAGAAGAGGAUCAACCUUGAAAGAAUUUCACCUUUGUUUGAGAGCACUGCUGAUUCUCAUAUUCUUACAGGAAGUCAAUUUGAACUUGCAUCUGUGGAUAGAGGCUGUAGUUUGGAAGAGCCUAUUAACUGCAAGCAUGGCUUGUUUUGUGAUCAGGAAAUUCAUGCAAGAGGAAGUUCAACAUUAGAAUUGGCUUUCAGUACUACAGAGGUCACCGAUCAAAACUUCAAGGAUGAAGAAGCCAAGUCAAGCUGCAUGCCUUUGGUGAAAAGGUUGAAGAAAGCUGCAGCUGAUGGUUCAAGCAGUGAUCAAAGUGUGCCGUUUGGAAAACUUCACACACCAGAUGUUUCAAUUAGUAGUAAUGGAACCUCAGAAAAUAGAGGACAUGAAUUGCUAUCAGAACUCCCAGAGUCCAUUUCCCAAAGUCUGAUCUGCCGUACUUUCUUAUGGGAGCUGAGAGAAUAUGCAACACAUUGAACCAUCAGCUUUUACAGUGGAUGCUGAUACAAAUUGAGAGAACUGACAAUUUGCAUGGUGCUCUUUCAAGAAUUUGUUGAGACUUCUGUAAAGGAAAAUCAAACGUUACAACAACUCUAUUCUUGUGGAAUUUUGCGCUGGUUAGGUUAUCCAUGGGUGUUUGAUGUAACAUAGUGUAACGGAUAAACUAUUAAUAGCAACUUGCCUAGACAAAGUAAAAAUUGUGAUUUUAUA